AUGAUCACGAAAAAGCGAAUGAAGCCACGACCUAUCCUAGCCCCAGAACACGCAAAUUCGGAAUCAGUGUACUACAGGAAGCCAGGAAAUGAGUCGGUUGUUGGAUCCGGCACGUACGGAAAGGUUUUCAAGGGUGUGCAUGUUUACACCAAGGACAUGGUAGCACUGAAGAAGAUUCGUAUGGAGGGCGAACGCGAUGGCUUCCCCGUUACCGCCAUCCGUGAGGUCAAACUCUUGCAAUCACUCAACCAUCCAAACAUUGUCAAUCUACGAGAGGUCAUGGUUGAAAAGAACGACUGCUACAUGGUUUUUGAGUACCUGUCUCACGAUCUCACGGGGCUCUUGAACCAUCCGACGUUUAAACUCGAACAAGCGCACAAGAAAGACCUGGCCAAGCAACUUUUUGAAGGCCUGGAUUAUCUCCAUCGGCGCGGGGUGCUGCAUCGCGACAUCAAGGCAGCUAACAUUCUCGUAUCCAAUACGGGUCAGUUGAAACUGGCUGAUUUCGGUCUCGCUCGUUUCUACUCCAAGAGUGGCAAGCUGGAUUACACCAAUCGCGUCAUUACUAUCUGGUACCGAUCACCGGAGCUGCUGCUUGGCGAGACACAGUAUGGUCCAGCAGUCGAUAUAUGGUCGGCGGCCUGUGUGCUCGUGGAGAUUUUCACUCGCCACGCCAUCUUCCCGGGCGAUGGCGGAGAAAUUAGCCAGUUGGAUAAGAUUUACAAUGUCCUUGGGACGCCUACUGUACAGGAUUGGCCUGGCAUCGUCGACAUGCAGUGGUUUGAGCUUCUUCGUCCAACGGAACGCAAGAAGUCGACGUUUGAGGAAAAGUACAAGGACCGGGUUAGUCCUAUGGGAUUUGAGCUGCUUCAGGCCAUGUUCCUCUUUGAUCCGAAUGCUCGUCCUACGGCCGCCGAUGUGCUUGAACACCCCUUCUUCACCAGUGAGGCUCCUAUGCCCAAACGAGCAGAGGCGCUGAAAGAGCUCGAGGGCGACUGGCAUGAGUUUGAGAGCAAAGCGCUCAGAAAGGAAAAGGAGAAGCAGGACAAGGAGGCUCGACGCGUGGCGCGGGAAGAGAAGGACAGUGCGAAGAAAGACGAGGGCAAGCGACGUGCUGACGCGGCGGUGGGUGAAGAGAGGGAUGCUAAGCGCACGAAAAGCGGAGAUGUCACGGCAUAG